UUCAUGACAUGUUCAAAAUAGGCUGUUUUGUCAGUGAAGCAAGCCUCAGUUGUGUAUUUUUUCAGUGAUUCAUAAUAGUUAUGAUGGGCUUCAGAUCUUGUUCAUUUAUUGGUAUGCAAAUAGGUUGACCAUUUUCAACAACGUUUUCAUUCCUUGACCGGUAAGGUCCAUGCAUAGAAAAUGUACGACAUUUCGCGAGAAAAAAUUUGAGCUGAGGAAUUCCGUACUGACUGAUUUACCCGGUGACACUGAAUCCCAUUAUCAUUGUUAUUUUGGAACAUGCCUUCUACUUCUGUUUGGUACAGUGAUCUACGAUUUCCUGUGUUUCAACCAAGUACCAUUUGAUAUUAGACUAAUACAUACUGCUUUUGGGAAGUUUGAUGUCGUUAUAUACUCAUGGAUGCUAUUCAUGUUGUUGACUUGCUUAUGUUACUAUUGUUUCAACAUAUGGGCUAAUGUGAGAUCCAAGUCAUUCAUGGAAGCGGAUGAAUUGAGAAUGUGGAAUAAUGUUUGGGCCAUUAUAUUGGUAGGGUAUUUCGUUGUUUCUUUCUGGCUAUCAUCAUACAUUGUUUCAACAUAUCAGCUUCCUCCAGCAUCGGCAUCCAUUGUUCUACUAGAACAGGUACGACUUUCGAUGAAAGUAUAUGCAUUUAUCAGAACAAGUGCAAAAACCGUUCUCCAGAUUGAUCCUCUACGAAAACAGAACGUGAAUCGUGCAAAAUUUUCGCAGUAUUCUUUUUUCUUAUUUGCACCUACUUUAGUGUUCAGUACGGAUUAUCCGAG